GGUACUUGGUGACCUUUUAACGGGUACCACAAAAACGAUGCUAAAUUUCGUUGAGAAAUAAGAAGAGUUAUAACCAGUUACAUGUAAAUCAAAUAGUGCACAAUUUUUCUGGUUACCAUUCUUGGAACACAAAAGUAUUCGACAGGUCGACAGUAUUGGGGAACAGCGGUAAAAAUUGACGAGUUCCUCUUGAAACUCCUUGCGCUGUUGACCCGAAGUAAACAUGUAACCUUUCGGGUUAUCUAAAGCCAAAUUUUUGAACAGGUCAACUAAAUAACAACCUAAUGAGCCAGUGUAAAGGCAUAAAUCUAAAAUAAGAAUCACUGUCUUUUGACCAUAAUAAUUUCAGUCAGACAGAAUCUUGUUAUGUUACCUCGGAGUAGGCAAAGAGAUGCAUUCGGCCAUUUCCUUUGUUUGGUUGUUAGCUUCACUGUACAGUUUCGCACAAAGGACAGUGUAACGUCUCUCGCUAUGAAGUCGCCAAGGAGUCAGGAUUUUAAAACUUGUAGACUUACAACUGAAGAAAAAGAAAAGUUCCUCGACGAAAAUAACAAAUUUCGCGGAAUGGUGCAACCAACUGCGGCCGAUAUGGAGUUUUUGGUGUGGGACGAUAAUCUUGCAAAUAUGGCUCAAAUGUGGGCAGACAAGUGCAUCUGGGACCACGGAUUUGUGAUGUUUGGAAGCCAAUAUCCAUACAGCGUGCCUUUCAAGGGACAAAUAGGUCAAAAUCUUGCUAGAGAGUAUGGAGAACUUUCAAACCCAGUGGACCGCGUGGUGAGAUGGUACAAUGAACAUAAAUACUGGAUAUUUGGCAAGUACACAAGCCCGAUGGGAGCUUCUUGUAGAAAGACACCUUGUGGACAUUACACACAGCUGGCAUGGGCGCAAGCGAAGCAUCUUGGAUGCGCAGUUAACUUCUGUUCGAGCUUUAACGACGGUGUCGAGGGAACAAUGGUGGCCUGUGACUAUACAACAGGUAACAUUGGAGGUCAAUACCCAUACAAGGCUGGGACCCCCUGCACCAAAUGCGCAUCUGGUAAAGGAUGGUGCUACAAAAAUCUGUGUCGAAAUUGCACUGACUUCGACAAAGAUUGCGGAGGUACUUCUUUGACGGCAGCGAUGUGUUCUUCACACCCAGAAUUAAUGGAGAAGAAGUGUCCUAAACUAUGCAAUAUGUGCAAGUGUCCUUUAAAAUGUCAAAACGGAGGUACAUUAAACGAACAGGACUGCGUUUGUUCUUGCGCUUCUGGCUGGAGGGGCAUGGACUGUUCAGACAAGGCAUGCGAACCUGGCUAUUAUGGAGAAAACUGUGAAACCACUGUGACUCCAAAUGCUAUAGCAGUUCUACCCAUACCCAAGCCUCAAGUGUGUAAAACCGACCAAAAUUCUGGUUGCGAGGGAUGGGCGGCAAUUGGUGAGUGUGAAAAGAACCCGCUGUGGAUGAUACCGAAUUGUUGCGUCAGCUGCCGGCAUCAUCAGGCACCAAAAGACUGCACUGAUACAAACCCAAGCUGCUCAAGGUGGGCUUACGCUGGAGAAUGUGAAAACAACAGAUUAUGGAUGCUUAAAAACUGCAGAAAAAGCUGCAAUCAAUGUGGAGGUGAGCUGGAUGGAGUAAUUGAUGCUCAAGACGUCAACAAGUUCGUCAACGAGUAG